AUGGAUGAAAAUGACCCAACAGCUCAUAAGGGUAAAGGUGCACAUUCCAGCCUUUAUGCAGAUGCUGUACAGGGGAGAAAAGAGGAGGAACAUCAUGUCAAAGUUGAGGACAAAACUCAUUUACAGACUGAUGGUAUUUUGAAAAAGAGAGACAAGAAUUGUUUCAACUGCACUCAGUGUGGGAAGAGUUUCAGCCAAUCAUCAUCCCUUAAUCUACACAUGAGGAACCACACUGGAGAGAAACCAUUCACAUGCACUCAGUGUGGGAAGAGUUUCAGCCACUCAUCAAACCUUAAUAAACACAUGAGUAUCCACACUGGAGAGAAACCAUUUACAUGCACUCAGUGUGGGAAGAGUUUCAUCCGCUCAUCAUCCCUUAAUCUCCACAUGAGGAUUCACACUGGAGAGAAACCAUUCACAUGCACUCAGUGUGGGAAGAGUUUCAUCCGCUCAUCAUCCCUUAAUCACCACAUGAGUAUCCACACUGGAGGGAAACCAUUCACAUGCACUCAGUGUGGGAAGAGUUUCAGGAUAUCAUCAUCCCUUAAUCUACACAUGAGUAUCCACACUGGAGAGAAACUAUUCACAUGCACUCAGUGUGGGAAGAGUUUCAUCCGCUCAUCAUCCCUUAAUCUCCACAUGAGUAUCCACACUGGAGAGAAACCAUUUACAUGCACUCAGUGUGGGAAGAGUUUUAACAGCUCAUCAAACCUUAAUCAGCACAUGAGGAUCCACACUGGAGAGAAACUAUUCUCAUGCACACAGUGUGGGAGGAGUUUCAUCCACUCAUCACACCUUAAUCAACAUAUGAUGAUCCACACUGGAGAGAAACCAUUCACAUGCAACCAGUGUGGGAAGAGUUUCAGCUUAUCAUCAACGCUUUAUAGACACAUGAAGAUCCACACCAGAGAAAAACCAUUCACAUGCACUCAGUGUGGGAAGAGUUUCAGCCAAUCAUCACACCUUAAUAAACACACAAAGAUCCACACGAGAGAGUAUAUGUGCUUGGAAUGUGAGAAGACUUUUAAUACAGCUGCAGAAUUGAAACGGCACAAGAGGAUUCACACUGGAGAAAAACCAGUGUUCACAGUGCAGUAAGAGGUUUACUCACUUAAGAACCCUGAAAACACAUGAGAGGAUUCACACUGGAGAGAAACCCUAGACAUGAUCAGUGUGUACAGAGUUUCACUAAUUCGGGGCAGCUUAAGAAACACAUAGGAUGGUUUCCGGUAUGGCGUCGACACAUGUAGCAGCAUAGAAAGAGCGCUCCCAUACACACUGGUUUUAAUCCUCCUUUUUACAUCAUAUAUGAUAACCUAAACCAUAUUUAAAUAACAUAGAGGGGGACAAAAACAACCAUUGAGACCUGAAAAAAACGAGAAAUCAACAGAUAAAAAUUAGAGACGGACGGGAUAGCUGAUGGCCUGUCAGCUAGCAUUGCAGCAAUACAUACGGACAUCAAAGCUUUCUAGAUAGAUAUUAAAUGUGAUUUAACCGCCUUCCAAGAUUCUCUCGCAAAACAUGUGAAAAUGGAACUAAGUAACUGUAGGAGCCAUAUUUAAUAGUUCAUUGUUUUAGGUAAGUUUUAUAUUUAUAUAUAUAUUUGCAUGUUAUAUACUUUUUUAUAUAUACUGUUUUUAUAUACUUCUUAUGUUCUUGCCAUUUGCAUGUCAUAUACUUUACGUUAUUUUCUACUGCGCAUGUGUAGUAUGCUUCAUAUAGUUUCCACAGUUGGUGUGACACACGUGAGUUUUUAGUGCAAUGUGCAGAAGUUGGAGAGCACAAGCUUUUGAUCGUAGAAGUGAAAUAUUGGAGUCAUUGUUCAUCAGGCUGGAACAAACAAGUUGUAUGUGAGUGGAUUUUGACAACAUUGGCACGUGUGGAUGUCUGAUGUGAAAAUAAAACGAAGAUACAUUGAAUUAGAUGGACUCUCGUGUCUUGAUCGAAUGUAAGAGCACUAAUACGCGUCAGGACUUGUGAAUUAAGCAUAAUGGUCACAUGUACCCUACAGUAACUUUAAACAAGAAGUCAAUCAAAAUCUGGAUGGCCUUAUUACGGACCUAAAUGCUACGGCAGGUCAACAAAGUGAAUGAAAAAUGCUCGAUCAAACCAUCCAAAUUCAAGAAAAUUUACAAGAGAAACUGUUAGAUCUAGAAUCAUGUAGAAAUAAUAUUCGGAUUUUUGGAAUCCCGGAAGGAAGCAAAGGGAAUAAUAUCCUAAUAAUAAUAAAAAGACUUGGUGGAAAGAUUAUCAAAAUGGAGCUGUCACUCGACAAAUUGGACCUUAAAAGCCAAAGGUGUUACCGGGCACUCGGACCAAAACCACCCACUGACACCACCCUAGAUCAGUGGUGGUAUUCUUCCUGGAAUACAAAACAAAGAAACUGGUCCUCCGCAUGGAGAAAGAAAGUAAUACACUAGAACGAAAAAAGGAUUUUUUUUUACCAAGACUACCCACCUGAGAUCCAACAGAAAAGAUGGGCUUUUGCUCCGAUAAGAAAAAUUCUGAAAGAAAAGGGGAUUAAGUUCCAAACACCACUGCCAGCGAAACGUAGAAUCUUUCUGGAAAACGGGCCGGUCGUGUACAAUUCAAUGACGGAGGCAUCAAGAGAUCUGAAAGAAAAAGGACUGAUAAACAGCGAAGAAGAAACUGUUAUAGGAAUCUCUGGGAAAGUGAAACAAAGACCUUGGCAAAAGGAGUGACAUGGAAGAAAAGUCAGGAAAAACAUCAAGUGAAGAUCUGGGAAAAACUACGUGAAUUUCAAAGGGACAAUGCUAGCUCCAUUUGAAAGAAGGGUAAAACCUGACAGUUCCUAACAAAGAACUCUGAGAGACUGGUAAAACUUCUUGACUUAAUUCACCGAUGAUGGACAUUUAAAUCGUUUGAAGGAAGAAUGGUAUUUAACCGAACUGACCAACAACACAAGAUGAAUGAUUAGAGCACACCAAGACUCGAGUCAUUGAGUAACAUACUGGUAGGAAGACAUGAAGGAAUUCUAAUUUAUACAACUAAAAUCCCUUGCUAUAAUUAGAAAGUAGAAAUAUUUAACUUGAAAACCUAGCCAGAAAUACAAGAAUAUAAUAAUGCCAGAUAUGGGCGCUGAAUAUAUUCGUUAACAUUUUUUGUGCAAUAGGCACAGCAAGGAAGGGGCCCUUUAGAGAAGGAAAGCUUUCCCCUCUCAUUAAGAAGUUAUUUCAAGACUUCAAGGUUUGGAGACCUUUUUCGUUAUGUUACGUUUUUAUGUGGUUCAAGAUAUUCAUGUUUGUGUUUUUUACAUU